GUUAGUUGUCCAGUACGGAAAUAAACUGUAGAAGAAGAUCCUCGACUGUUGUGUCUAGGGGGCUAACACAAUUUACAAGAAAUGUCGACUUCUUUUCAGGUUCAGGUGGCCUCCAUCAUGGAGGUUUUAGCAAAUACGGCAGCAGCAGAAAUUACUAAACUAGUCGAUGACAUGUCUGCUGCCUUGCGACUGGAGAUGAGCAGAAGCCAAAGAGAGAACGAAGCGCUAAAAACGAAUUUACUGCUGAUGGAGGGAGAGCUCAGGGCUGUGCGAGGAUACGGAGAGAGAACGCCGGGCAAUUCUCUAAACCUCUCAUUUGAAGUUGAGGUUUGCGACGAAUUCAGAGAAGCACAAAUAGCUAAGGUUGCAGGGAAAGGAAGCGUUUCUGCCGCUGAGAGAGUCUUGGACGAGCGAUCGAGCGCACAUCUGACCAGAGACGACCAGAACCUCCCAGUGGAGAAGAGACGGGCAACAGCAGAUGUCUUUGAUAUAAAGUGGGAGCCUGUAGAUGGGGAGCAGGAUUGGUCUGAAUCUCUGCUGCUCAGUGAGGAUAGGCUGGAAGAGGAUCCAAAGAGCAGCCAAUCACAGGCGGAACAGAUGAUCAGUGAGGAGAAUACCUGUGGCACUUCAGGGGCAGCUGCUGCUAAUGAUGGUGAAGGACCCCUCUAUAAGGAGGAGGAGCUGCACAUGCAGCCCUGCCCUGCAGGAGACCCAGAAAAGGAGCUGCAAGCAGAACUCAAACAGGAGCCAGAGGAGCAGCCUCUCACCCCCACACUUCCCCUGUCUGUGGACUUGGGGCUGGAGCUCCAGUCCGUGUGGAGCAAGGCCAACAAUUUGGAAAUUUCUCAGGAAAAAAACAGACAGUGCAUAGGAAGCUUGGAGCUAGUUGAUGCCCGGUUAGAUGACGAAUUCUCUCCUCCGCAUUACACAGCUCGGAGGCCACGCUCGGAGAAGGGCGAGGGGUCAGCAUCACAACAACAGAAACAAAAUGGCCGCCCCCUCUACAAAGAGUGCUCUUAUGAGCUGCCUGAUGAGGUUUCAGCAGAGCUGGCAUUCCCUCUGGGUUCUACAGGAGAGUGUGAUGGAAGUGCCCCGUGUGAGGUGAGUUCUGACACGUCAGCAGAAGCAAAGAGUCCCUGCAGAACUGAGGGACAGGAGGAGGAGUUCAUCUGCACACGCUGUGGGAAGACGUUCCCGGACGCUCUUGAACUGAAGACGCACGAGGAGCAGCACAGCGCGGGGAAACGGUUCAGCUGUUCAGAGUGCGGCAAGGGUUUCACUUCCUCCAGCGUCCUGGAGAAGCACAAGCAGGUUCACAGCAGGGAGAAACCGUUCACCUGCUCUGUGUGCGACAAGAGCUUCUCCCAGUCAGACGUCCUUCAAGCGCACAAACGCACUCACACAGGGCAGAAACCGUACGCUUGUGAGCAGUGUGGAAGGCGUUUCGCCUGGAAGAGCAGUCUAAAAAUUCACCAGGUCACUCACACAGGAGAGAAAUGUUUCAGCUGCCCAGUGUGCAAUAAGAGCUUUGGCUAUCCCCAUGUUCUUAAGCAGCAUCAGAGUGUGCACACAGGAGAGAAACCGCACUACUGCAAGCAGUGUGGAAAGUGCUUCUCCCAGACCAGCACCCUUAAGGCUCACCUGCGCGUUCACACCAGAGAGAAACCGUUCUCUUGCAAGUGGUGUGGAAAGUGCUUCUCCCAGACCAGCACUCUUAACACUCACCAGGUUACUCACACGGGCGAGAGGCCGCAUCGCUGCAACGAGUGCGGGAAGAGCUUCGCCCAUCGGGGCAAUCUCAAAUCGCACCAAAGGGUCCACACCGGGUGGAACAAUGUUCAGUUGCACACUGUGCAGCAGGAGGUUCUCCCAGAAUCACCCCAGAAUCACUCCAGAAUAACAGCGUCCCAACAUCCGUUGGGCGCGUUAUACAAUGUGUUCGGAACGAACCGAGCCAAGGAGUUCAUCUGCACACGCUGUGGGAAGACGUUCCCGGACGCUCUCGAACUGAAGACGCACGAGGAGCAGCACGGCGCGGGGAAACGGUUCAGCUGUUCAGAGUGCGGCAAGGGUUUCACUUCCUCCAGCGUCCUGGAGAAGCACGAGCAGGUUCACAGCAGGGAGAAACCGUUCACCUGCUCUGUGUGCGGCAAGAGCUUCUCCCAGUCAGACGUCCUUCACGCGCACAAACGCACUCGCACAGUAUGAUCCAACGGGCCGGCUCCACUGCAUGGAGGACAGGCACACCAGCUGCUGUUCAGAGCGCCUCUCCCACUAUCACUCCUGCCCCCGCUCUCCAUCUGUCUCUCACAACAGUGCCAACACAGAAGAGCUCACACCGUUCGCCCUUUUAUUUGUGCAAAAGCUCCGAUUGUGGAUCACAUCAUUUAAGCAACUACUGGUUCACCUGUGAAGAGUGCGCGUGUUCAACUGAUAAGUGAAGUUCAGCAUUUUUUUUAAUUUCGGUGCUUUGCAUGUGAAUGCGAGAGAUUAACUUAUUUAUUUAUUUUAAAGUGUUAAAUGCAGCACACUGAUCUUUGAAAAUAUUAGUUUCAGGGUGAAAAUGGUUGCGAACAAUAAAAAAAAGGUGCCUUGCAUUUAGCACAUGGGAGUUUGGAUUUAUUGGAAUGUGUUAUGAAUACCAUUCUUUGAGACUAGUAUGUGUGAAAUUCCCAGGAGAUCAGCCGUUUCUGAGAUACUCAAACCAUCCUGUCUGCCACCAACAAUCACUCCACAGUCAAAGUCACUUGGAUCACAUUUUUGCCCCCACUCUGAUGGUUGAUGUGAACAGUAACUGAAGCUCCUGACCCAUAUCUACACGAUCGCAUGCAUUGCACUGCUGCUACAUAAUUGGAUAAUAGGUAAUCGCAUGUAAUAAGUAGGUGCAAUAAAAUAAAAAUGUUGCUAAUAAAGUGCUCGGUGAGUGUAUAUAGUGAUAUGACUCCAAGGGGUUUGGAGAAAGGCAAUCUUAAAUUCCUUUGUUCUGUAAUUUUGUUCAUUACUUGUAAUUUCAGUAUUUUUUUUGUCACAAAGGGGAAAACGGGUAAAAACAUAGCAUAGGCCUUAAUGGAAGCUCAUGCUAACGCUUCCUACUGCAAACGAUCCCACGAGUCUGAACCAGAAGAAGAUUUUGCACAGAGAGGAAAAAAGCCGAAGUAUCCCCGUUCCUAUCUCUAAAACCAUCUCCGCUUCUUCAAAGAAAACUCUUCUCUCAUAGAACUUGAUAACUUGCACGUUUCAAGCUUUACAACAUUAACAUGUGUAAAUACAUCGUAACACGUUUUCACUUGGUUACCUUGUCAAUAUCAUUGCUCGCUAUAUGUUGCCUACUAAUACAAUAAAAUACUUUGCCAAAGUUUUAAACUCUUAAAACACAUAUGCUUUACUUAAGACAAAAGUACUGGGUGAAAAUUGUUUCUGAUGUAUGUAUAACUUGCAUGUUUCACACUUUAUGUCGUUGACAUUGUUACGACCGCUCCUUUUAGUCACAAACAGGAAAAUGAGACGCAACAAAAGGCUUACAGGACAACCAGCUAAUUUAUUGAAGGUAAACUAGAAUGGGGUAUGAGAAAUCAGUAUGAC